AUGUCUGUAGAUACACUGCACCCUUCCCCAAGGCGUUUGGGGAAGAUGCCUGGCUUAGAGUCUAGCCAGCUGCCCACCUUGUCAGGAAUACGCAAAGCUAGUGCAGUGGAGCGUCUGGAGGCAGACAAGGGGAAAUAUGUGAAGAGCCAGCAGAUAGUACAGACGAGGCAGCAGCCGAUAAUCCGCAAGCCCCUCGUGGCUCCAAGAAACACCAAAAUGUCACGGCCCCAGGCUCCACAGCCUACCCGCAAGGUCCAAACACGUCCUGAAACCCAGUCCGGAAUGUCACAUCUCAACAUGGAGCAUCUUAGCAAGCUAAUAACGGGCGUGAGCGACACACUCUUGCCAUCUUCAUCCACACGAGACAAAGAGAUCAAAGGACUUGGUGGCGCUAACCAAACCCCACUUAAGUCCCCUUCCCCAACUUCCACACUGGCUUCAGAGUCUUCUGGAAAGAGCAGCUCCUCAGCAAGCACCCCGGGAAAAAGUCUAGUGUUCUCAGAGGCUCCAAGUGGUUCACAUGCAGUGACGGUACGCAGGGUAGACGUCAGACCUCAGGUCCCAGUAAAGAGGCAACCCCGAAGAGUACCUCCACAGAAUUUCUUGCUUGGACCAGAUCCAUCACGAGCAGUUCACUCCCACAUUUUGCGUCUCCUCAAGCCUUACACGCAACCUACCUCUACCAGCCCCCAGAACAAUCCAGCCGGAUUCAGACCUAUCCCGGUCAAACCUCCAACCGGCUUCACCCAACCAUUACUUCCACCACCUAAGUCUCCAACCAGCUCCACUCAGCCACUGCAUUCCCAUGCUAAUUCACCAACAAAUCCCAGCCAGCCUCAAUCUAUAAAACUUCCAAACAGUCCCACACAACUAUCAUCAUCUCCUUCUCAAACCUCACCACUACCAUCUACAAUACCCCCACACCUGUCCGGCGAGGACACCCACCCACCCCCUUCGCCAGCAUUCACCCGUCUCUCCUCGCGAAGCUCAACAAAGCGUCCGUCUUUGGCACGUUCCAAGUCAGAUGUCAGUGACCGUUUCUCCCAUGUCGGUGUGGAGCUGGAGCGGUUCUUUAAUUUCUGCGGCCUGGACCCUGCUGACCUGGAGGAGCUGACUGCCCCAGGGUCAGAUAUUGCCUCCAUCUCACGUCUCCGCAGCGCCAGUGCCCCUGCCUCCGAACGCUCUGUCGAAGAAGAGGAGAUCGAAGAGGAGCCCGUGAAAGAUGGACGUCCCAGCUAUGGGAUAUCAGUCAUCGAGAGGAAUGCGAGAGUGAUCAAAUGGCUUUACGGAAUGCGCCAGGCCAAGGACAGUGCCAAGGUCGCCAACAUUUAG